AUGGAGCUGGCACGAGCUCUCACAAACCGCAGGAAGCAGGCCGCAGAGUUUUCCAGCGGAAUGAUGAACAGAGCGUCGAGCAUGAGGUCCGGCCAAGGCACCAUCAAACGGAGCGCCAUCUCCUCGCCGUUGGAACUUGUCUCAUCUACCAAUGCUCUGGCGUACAAUGCGCCAAAUAUCUACAGCUCAUCCGACGAGUCUGACAACUCCAUGUCCUUCUCCGGGUCGUCGCGUGCCACAACACCAGAGACCGAGUCUCCGAGCGCUCUUGAGCCCAACCAUCUAUCCAUUUAUUUCGCCUCAGGUCGCACUGCGUCCACUCGUCGCUCAAAGGACUCCAUCGACAACCCAGGCCCUCAGAUCCCCAAACGCGUUCCAUCUCAUACUAAGAGAUCUCACCAAGCAGUCGCCGCUCGGAAUCGUGCAGAGUCAGUAUCGAGACAGCAGCCCCCAAAUGCCAUUCACGAUAUGUCACCUGCUACUUCACUCCGGAAUGUCGACUCAAUUACGAGCAAGCCAGAGGCGAAUCAUCCGUUCGGAGCCGAGUUAGCGCAAGUCACCGAGGUUGCUGAGGGCUUCGGUGCGACCGAUGCUAUCAUUAUGGACGAAGAAGAGCAGUACCUGAUGUCGCAUGGGCUUUGCAAAUUCGGUGCCGACGACUAUAUCAUGGAGGUGCAGGGCCUGUUCGGCGGAAUCCACAACAAUCCAUUUAGCCCAUUCUCGGCAGUUUGGCUUUGA